CAGCAGUUGAGACAAGGUUAAGUUUCCAUCAGAAGGCUGAUAGAUCACAUUUAAAGAAUGCGUAUUAAUAAUUAGAAAAAAAAUGUCAAAACAAAAGGGUGCAAAACGCAGGCGGCCAUCCGCUGCAGACGAUGACAUCAAUGAAGCAUGGGGUGGUGCAGCAAAAAAUCACGAAGACGAAGGCAUCAUGGUUGACGAUUUAUAUAUACAAGCAGACGAGACAGAUAUUAUACCAGAAAAAGAAAGAACUGGAUGUUGGCAUGGCUGUAUGAGAAGCAUUAAGGGAAUAUUUGCAACUCGACAAAUGGUUGGAAGCUCGGAAGCUGAUCGUGAAUGGUACGUGAAAACAACAAUAAAGGAAUUAGUCAUUUAUCUGAUCUUCCUCAUAAUCUUGUGCAUUCUGACGUUUGGAAUGAUGAGUCCGAACAUGUAUUACUUAACUAAAGUAAUCAGCGAACUCUUUCUGGAAUCGCCUUACGAAGACACACGGAAUAACGUGAAGGGAUCCACACAAGUAAUCGAUUUCUGGAGGUUUGAAAAAUAUGUAUUGCACGAUUGCUUGUUUUGGGAAAAGUGGUAUGAUGAUGCUGGAACACCAACAGAAAUGGAAGACAGGAAUGUCCUUUAUGAAAACAGACUUCUUGGUUCCCCACGACUGAGGCAGUUGCGAGUGCGAAACGAUUCCUGUGUAGUCCACGACGACUUCAAAUCCUCAAUAUCAGAAUGCUACGAUGUUUACUCCCCACAAGUCGAAGAUAAAAGGUCGUUUGGUGUACUAAAUGGAACAGCGUGGAACUAUUUUAGUGAACGUGAACUUGAUGGUACCAGUCAUUGGGGUUUGUUGGCAACGUAUAGCGGUGCAGGAUGCUAUGCUGAUUUAGGAACAAGUUCAAACGAGUCCAAAACAAUAAUGACAUUUUUGAAAGAAAAUCUUUGGCUUACAAGAGCAACUCGAGCAGUUUUCUUGGAUUUUACAGUCUACAAUGCUAAUUUAAAUUUAUUUUGCGUGGCUAAGAUUGUAUUCGAAUUUCCAGCAACAGGCGGAAUGAUACCGUCUUGGAGCUUCAGGACAGUGAAACUUCUUCGAUAUGUAUCAACAAGUGAUUAUUUCAUUUUCGUAUGCGAAAUAAUAUUCACAGUAUUUGUUAUUUACUAUCUCAUUGAAGAAAUCUUGGAAAUUAAAAGAAUGAAAUGCAAGUACUUCAAAGAUUUUUUUAACAUACAAGACAUCUUAGUUCUUUUGGUAUCAUUUUUAUGCAUUGGAUUUAGCGUCUAUCGAAAUAUGGUCAUAGAUGGUUUGAUAGAAGAAUUGCUUAGCAAACCAGACAGCUAUCCGAAUUUCGAGUAUCUUGGAUACUGGCAGACGCAAUUCAACAACUUAGUGGCAUUAACAGUUUUCCUCGCAUGGAUUAAGAUAUUCAAGUACAUUAGUUUCAACAAAACCAUGACACAACUGUCAUCUACACUUUCAAGGUGUUCUAAAGAUGUUGCUGGGUUUGGUAUCAUGUUCUUCAUUGUAUUUUUUGCUUUUGCCCAGCUGGGAUACCUACUCUUUGGAACUGUAGUUCGUGAUUUCAGUACUUUCGCAAAAGCUGUAUUUACAUUAUUAAGACUUAUACUUGGAGACUUCAACUUUUAUGAAUUAGAAGCUGCCAACAGAAUCCUGGGUCCAAUAUAUUUCCUCAGCUACGUUUUCUUCGUUUUCUUUGUCCUGAUGAAUAUGUUUUUGGCCAUUAUCAACGACACAUACGCUGAAGUCAAAUCAGAAAUAGCAUCCCAGAAAAAUGAAUUUGAAAUUGCUGAUUACUUUAAAAAGGGAUUCAAUAAUAUGAUGGGGAAACUAGGAAAAAGAAACCAACUUCUUGAUCUUCAGAAUGCGCUGAAACUAGCUGAUGCUAACGGUGACAAUAAGCUAACUUUCGAAGAAGUUCGUCAGAAACUCAGGCAGCAAAACUUUACUGACAUGGAAAUUGAGAUGCUUUUCGCAAAGUACGAUCUUAACAAUGAUCGUGAAUUAGAUGCUGAUGAAACAAAGAUGAUGCUAGCCGACUUAGAUAACCAGAGACUUGAAAUAGAUCGUCAAAUGCACAACAAAUCCGAAAGAAAUGAUAACUCAAAUACUGUCAGCGCAGUUGCUAUGGCAUCGCUCGUCUCGCAACAAGAUUUCAACGGCUUGUCAGAAAGAGUGGACAAGAUGGAAAAUUCUAUUGGCAACAUUGUGUCUAAAAUUGAUGCAGUUCUAAAUAAGAUGGCAGCAAUGGACAGAGCAAAAGUGAAAAGACGAGAGAACAUGAACAAAAUUUUGAAUACAAUUUCUGAGAGUGGUGACCUUGAUGAAAAAUCAAAAAGACACCACAUGGAAAAAAUGGUAAGAGAAGAAUUACAAAGAUGGGACUCAGAUUCCUCGCUGAGAGUUCCAUCCGGCAGUAAGGAUAGCAUUUCACCUAAGAAAAGUAAAUAGCUGGAUGAAAAAGAAUGCCGACAAAAUGAUUAGAUAUCUUUUAAAAGGAAAUAAAAAAUAUGAUCCACAGAAAUAGAUAAAAUAUAUGUAUACAAUCAUCUCUAGCAAAU